CGAUUGGCCGCGCGCGACCUCUCGCCACGUGACGGAGCGCGGGCCAAUCGGCGCGUCCGGCGAGCAGCGCGCGACCAUGGCGGCGUCGUCGUCUCCCGCCAGCGGCGACGCGGAGUCGCUGGGCGCCAUGGUGGGCGACUUCUGCGCGAUCACCGGUGCAUCUCAGGAUGUGGCGCUACACAUGCUGGAGGCGUGCGGCAAUGAGUUGCACACGGCCGUCACCAUGUUCCUCGACGGCGGCGCAGGCUCCGUGCCCACGGCCGCUGCCUCCCCGCUGGAUGCCGCACACGGUCCCCCCGGCUCGUCGCGCUCGCAUUCGCGGUCGCACACGCACGGGAGGGUGCACGCACCGCGCGCGCGACACGCCCUCAGCACCGCCACCGCGGCCACCAUCGGCGCCGCGGCUGGCACGUCGCAACAGGCGGAAGACCUCGACGGAGGGGAGGUGCGGGCACCCAUCCCACAGAAACAGGAGGUGCUGGUGGAUCCAGAACCCAUCUUUGGGGCCCCCAAGCGAAGCCGACUCUCGCAGUCGGUGUUCGACGGAUUCCGAGACUUCCAGACCGAAGCGAUCAGGCAGGAGCAGGAGCUUCUGAACGGUGGAGCAGUCGAUAGGAGGUUAAAGACGCUCGCCGACCUCUUCAGACCGCCCAUCGACCUCAUGCACAAGGGCACCUUCGAGACGGCAAAGAAGACGGGGCAGUCGCAGCGCAAGUGGCUCAUGGUGAAUAUCCAAAAUGUGCAGGACUUCUCCUGCCAGUGUCUCAACCGCGACGUGUGGAGCCACGAGGCAGUCAAGGCUGUCAUCCGUGAGCACUUCAUCUUCUGGCAGGUUUAUCACGACAGUGAGGAGGGGCAGAGGUACAUGCAGUUCUACAAGCUGACGGAAUUCCCAUACGUGUCCGUGCUUGACCCUAGGACAGGGGAGAAACUCCUCGAGUGCCAUCGGCUCGACGCCAACUCGCUGCUUGAGCUCGUCACCGAGUUCCUAUCCACGUACAACCUCAACGAGGCCUCACCGGGGAAACCAAAGAAACGCUCGCGCACGGCGAGCCUGAUAGAUGCUAGCGAGGACAGUCAGCUGGAAGCCGCUAUUCAGGCUUCACUUCAGGAGACGCACUACGGGCCGUCGGCCGCCCCCUCUCCUCCCCACUCGUCAGGGGCCCCCUCUGACGAUGACAACGACGACGAUGACGACGAGAUCGACAAUGAGGUGGCGGAGGGCAGUGCGGGCGGUGCAGCUCGGACUUGUGAAGACGACGACGACGACGAUGAAGACGUCUGCGUCGACUCCACCGAGGGCUCCAACCCGGCGUGGGAGGACAGCGGCAGCGCGGGGGGAGAGGAGAAAGGCCCCCAGUCUCGGCUCAUGGUUCGAUUCCCAGAUGGGAAACGCGAGCAGGUGGUGAUGGCGGCAGAGGCAACGUUAACGGCCCUGCUGAGCCUAGUUGAGGCACGCGGUUUCCCAGGCGACCGCUUUGAGCUCGUCACCAACUUCCCACGGCGGAAGCUGGCGGCACUGGGAGGAGACACGACGCUACGGCAGGCAGGCCUCUUCCCCCACGAGACCGUCUUCGUGCAGGAGAGGGUGUGAUGGCCUCCAUCACGCCUCGUCCUCACCUCAUUUCCCAUCGUCCCGUCGUUUUUUCCGUUCUCCACAGCGUCCGCCUCGUGGGCUCGGCUCGGUUGUACGAUGGAAAAGAAGUAUGAUGCGUAUGCCACCCGUACCAUGCCGCCGCUCCCCCGCCCCGUGCUGGCUCGGCUCGGUUGUAUGAUGGAUAGAAAUACUCGGCGAGCCGAGGCAACGCAGGGCCCUCGUGGUACGGGUGAUUUUUCACCGACUGUUUGCCAUGCUGAGCCAGAACUGAAUCAUCGUACUACGCUAGCCUUGUGACAUUGAAUCUGGCUUGGGGCAAAACAGGGCCAGCGGUGGUGGGGCUAAUGACGCGUUGAUUGCGUGGGAUGUGAGUCCUGGUCAACUGCGCGACAGCAACGGCACGGCUCACCAUCUACAGUGGAAAACAACCAGGGAACCUCCUGAGCCGAGCUGGCUUGGCAGGGUUGUAUUGUCGAAAAGAGGUGUGAGAGACAGGGUAUGGCUGGCAACACCUCUUUUGCUUCGUUGAAUUCCAAGGCAGAGCUGGGGUCGAUUGUAAUCGGGGCUUCAUAUUAGCUGGGUCUGUUUGGUUACCAGCCAUGUGCCACCUACUCCACUGUCUACCAGCAACCCGGAAAUAUUGACAUUUUAAGUCCUGAUCAUAAUUAUGAUUACAGCUCUAUUGUUUGGCAAGUUUCCAAUUACAAUCGACCCUCUCCGAUUAGCUCGGUUGGCUACGUACGGUGUGAAAGAAGUUCUACAUACGUCCAAGGUAAUCGGGGUGAGGGAAGACCCAGAUAACACAGGUAAUGCUGAACAUGUAAAUGCAGCUUCAGAAACGUUUUGAGUGUUUUUUCUGCCUCGCAAAGUAAUCGGUUUACUUGUUUGUGAUGUAUUUUGGUCACGAGGCCACUCGGCUCAUCCUUAGUGAGGAGCAGAUAAUUCAACCAGCAAGCAUAAACAUUAUUUAUUUUUCCACAAGCACGUUAAAUCGACAGUUCGCCCACUUAUGAUAGACAGUAGUGAAUGCAAUUCGUUACCAAUUGCCACAAUUGCAAUUGUUAUCGACCCUAGUUGUGAUCCAGUGUCAAUGUCAUCGCAUCUUUCUACCCAAACGAGCGUGAGACACACUCAUCUCUUUAGGCUGUUCUUAGACAUGGGUGGAAAUUACACAUUCUCAUGGUGGGGCCAAGUUCAUCCACGGGAUAAUCACUCGCGGUGUAACAAUGUUGCUUAAAAGUGAUUGUGAUGCUCACGAUAUUCGUGCCGCAUGAUGUUAUAAGAAGCACAAUGACCGUACGUUGGGUUCAUUGGCGGGACAGCUGCAGCCAUCCAGAAGUACUGAA